AUGACAGCACCGGAAGCCUCACAGAGGGUGGCCGACAUCCAGCGGCGAGCGGCUGAAGACCCUGAGGUUGCAUUUAAAGCUUUUGACACAUACCCUUGGCAGGCUGAUCUACUAUUUAAUCGCAAGUUGACGGCUGCUCUAUAUGCCGUGGAGCCAGAGGCCUCACAGCUGGCCGAGAUCGCACUUCAGACUCGUAUCGAGAGAUUCGCGGAGCGUAUAAAGGUCCAAAUAGAGAAAGACGCAUAUAAACAGUGGCUUUCCAAGUCAGGAAAUCUGCAGCCUCGGAUUUUCUCAAAUCAAACCCUAGCACAAGAAGCGGAAGGAAACGUACCGCCAGAGCAAAGAAGACUCGCUAUCCUUCAUGCCGAACUCGGAUAUCCUCCAUACCCAGAGGCGGUAGAUCCCUCGGUCCCUAGCUGGCAGCGUCAAGCGCCCAAGACCGAAUUAUUCGUCCCAAGGACCGCGCUGCCUUCCGAUCCGAGCGGGGAGGCGACGCCAUACCCUAAGAAAUUCGAGGAGAUCGUCAAGUUCCUACAGACGGGGCAGGCAGUUCCGGGCAUCCGCGAGAUCCCAGACACUGUCAUCGAAGAUCCAUCAAUUUCAACUCACGGCGCUAUGCAGGCGCCGUUGAAACCGUGGGAAAGGAAAAAUGCAGCUGCCGCUCCAAAUACGGAAUAA